CCCUCCAGCCGACGGCAGAGAGAGCACGAUGUGGCAACCUCUCGGCCCCUCUCUCGCUGCUCUCCGCUGACCGCAUCCCGCAGGAGCCUGGUCCCUGGGACCUCCCGCAGACACACACACCCCACCCACACACCCCACAUCAGCCGGGCCGCAGCGAGUGGCGAGUUCGAGACUCCCUCCGCUCGCCACACCAUGGAGUUAAUCGCGGUGGCGGUGGUGAUCGUCCUCUUCAUCGGAGUUCUCAAGCAGUUUGGGAUUCUGGAGCCUAUGUCUAUGGAAGACGACAGUGACAUCGAGGACGAACUGUCAACGGUGCGUCAUCAGCCGGAGGGUCUUGACGAACUACAGGCACGAACCAAGUUCUCCAGGAAAGAACUCCAGUCUCUGUACAGGGGCUUCAAGAACGAGUGCCCCAGUGGCAUGGUUGAUGAACAAACUUUUAAAGCAAUUUAUUGCCAGUUCUUCCCACAGGGAGAUGUUACAACAUAUGCGCAUUUUCUGUUUAAUGCGUUCGACACAGACAAGAGCGGAGCGAUUCGAUUUGAGGAUUUUGUCAUUGGUUUGUCGGUGUUACUGCGGGGAACCGUGAACGAGAAGCUGAUCUGGGCCUUUAAACUGUACGAUAUCAACAAUGACGGCUACAUCACGAAGGAGGAGAUGCUGGUUAUUGUUCAGUCGAUCUACAGCAUGAUGGGCAGAUACACAUACCCCGUCAUACACCGAGACACCCCAUAUGAGCACGUGGAAAAGUUCUUUCAGAAGAUGGACAGAAACCAAGAUGGAGUGGUAACGAUUGAAGAAUUCCUGGAAACCUGCCAGAAGGAUGAAAACAUUAUGCACUCAAUGCAACUCUUUGAAAACAUUAUUUAAAAGCAUCUGAACCCUGUGUUGAACUGAGGCACCACACACACACACAGGAACCUUAUAUAUAGUUUCACAUCUUUGUAAUCCAGGUCACUGAGGACGCUAGUUCCUCUACAAAACUUUUUUUUAAAAAAGAAGUUCGAUUAACAAUAAGGAAUAAUUAUUUCUUUGCACCUCGAUUCUUUUCUCAACAAGUCUGACUGAGCAAGGUUCUGCUCCUCUAUGGUAAGAAGAUAUUUUUCCAAUGGAAAUAAUGCUAUUCCCUCUGAGAUCCUGAAUCUGACAGAUUCAAAACUUUUCAAAGGAAUGAGAUGGAAUUAAGAGGAUUUAUGCUCGACGAGAAAUGUAUCUCACUGUCCUAUCUCUGCCUUAUGGGAAAGGCGUAGUGAGAGACGGAGCCAUCAUGAUAAACUAUAACUCACCGGAAGCUCGUCCAAAUGGAAACUACUGGAAAUUCUUAAGCAUUGAAAUAACUUCCAGCCCUACAUAAGGUUCAUUUCCGUCAGAUUUAAUGGCUGAUUAAUUAUCUGCUGUUUUGUGCCACACUGAGAAGCUUCCAGCUGGAAAAAGAAAGGAUUUAAAGAUAACUUUCAGGUCAUAGUUUCCAUUUCUGUAAUUUUAUUUGCAUUUUAUUUUAAUCUUGUUUAAAGGGGGUUAAACAGACUCUGUUUACACUGCUAUGUUGUCACUGGUUGGCCUUGUGCAGACAGCAUUGUUAAAGAGUCCCAUGUUUCUGAACUCUCAAAUCUCACCACGCUGGCAACCCAGUCUUGGAGGCACAGGAGACUGCAGGAGCAACACACCAGGCGCUGGAAGAACCCUGUGGGUCAGUGCACUCAUCCGGGUCCGGAUGAAUGGACUCGGCCCAAAACGUCAACUGUCCGUUUCCCUCCACAGAUGCUUCCUGAUCUGCUGAGUUCCUCCAGCAGUUUGUGUGUUGACAAACUACCCGACUUAACCUGGGGGAGAGAUUGGUUUUAGCUGAGGGUCUAGGUUACUCCGCUGUCCAAGAUGUACUUUUAGACUUGUGCACACACACACGCACUCUCAGUCAUAUACACAUGCACUCACACUCAUACACACACACACACACACGUCCAGUUGUGAAAGAGGGGUUUAUUUCAGUAUCAAGAAUUUAAAGAUUCAAAGUAUGUUUAUUAUCAGAGUAUGUAUGCAGUAUGGCGGCGUAUGGUGGCGUAAUGGCAUCAGCGCCGGACUUCGGAGCGAAGGCUCCCGAGUUCGAAUCCAGCCGGCUCCCUUGCACGCUUCCCACCCGUGCUGGGUUGAACGUCGAGCUAGCAACUCGGCCUCGUAAAAAUAAGAAAGCCUAAUUAAAAAAAUGCCGUCAUGACGGCGUCCUGAUGACUCCACUCGGAGUUAAGGGCUAAAAAAAAAAGUAUGCAGUAUUCAGCCCUGAGAUUCACCUUCCUCAUAGACAGCCACGAAACAAAGAAAUAGCAUGGAACCCGUUCAAAGAAAAACAUCUAACACUUAACAUGGAAAAAAAGGAACAAACUGCAAAAAACAUGCAGAAAACAUAAAACCCAGAAAGUCAUUGAAACAGUUAUAAGUUAAGCAGAAGGCUAAAGGCUUACUUGAUUGCAGUUUUAAGAUAUUAACAGAGAACUAUUAUGGUGGUGAGGGGGAAUCAUUUCAGCUGGUUGGGGAACCUAGGAAUGGGACGUUGUCUGAAGAUUAGACAGGAUUUAAGUUCAGAAAGGAGACACGAGAAACUACAGAUAAUGGAAUCUAGAACAACACAGAAUCUUCUGGAGGAAUUCAGUGGGCUCUGCCCCAUCUGAGUAAGAUGGUGAUGGAAUGUUGUAACUUGUUGCAAGCUGCCCUCGGCUAAUUCUAAUUCUAUUAUAAUCAUUCUGCUCUUUUAAAGCUAAAUUCUACUGUAUGUCUCUACUCUUGAUUCUGCCUUCUGUUAUUUUGUACUACCUCAAUGUAUUUAUGCGUGGAUGGCAUGCAAAACCAAGUUUUUCACUCUACCUCGGUACAUGUGACAAUAAUAAAAACCAACUG